CUUGAACAUAGGUUCGUGCCUCGCACUUAUCUCAGUUUGCUCCACAAGCGAUUUCUGGACAUAUUUCGCCUCUCCUUCCUGCUAGUCGCCUCUGCUUAUUGGCCUUUUCUUGGCUAGUGAUUUGUCUGCGUGUGUGUAGACCGUGGAGGAGAUUAUUCUUGAUAAUCUGAUAGUCGUCGAUUUGUGGAACAUGUGCUCAAGUUGACCAACGCCCUUAGGACAAGUUGCACAGCAUGACGGCAAGCUUUGACCUAUCCAUUUAUGUGUGUGUCAAUCACUGUAUUUGACUAUACUGUAUUUACCUCAUCUCUUUCUUUCUUUCUUUCUAUCUAUUUUUCUUAAAUCUCUCUCUCUCUCGAGAUACGUGCCCACACACACGCAAGAAUAUAUAUAUAUAUGUAUGCGCAUACAGUACCGUGCCUCUCCGAUUCUCUUCUUUUUGUGCCCGAUCGAUCCAGCAAUCAAACGGCCAAUGAAUUACUGUAAUCAAAUCGAGCUCGUUCCGUUUCCCAAUGGCUCAAGCCUGGCCAUUGUAGAUUACGGGAAGAUGCAAAUGACAGUCGCAAAGAUGCGACAUGAGGCAUUAUUUUGUUCUGUUCCUCGUUCUGGGUUUUGGCAUUUUCGUGGGGAGUUUUCUUCCUCAGAUCGUGAGUGCAACACAGCUCCGGGCUCGAUUGAGUCGACUGGACCAUGAUGAGCACCACGAGCAGAAGUUCCUGAUUGCAAAAACUUCGCAGAGCACAAGCACGCUCCCAAGUGAAAACUCAGGCGAGAUGUCCAAGGACGGGACUGAAGGAUCGAAGGGCAAACAGGAAAAGCUGGCAGGUUUGGUGCGGCAAGGUGGAGACCUGGUCGAUCGUCCAACGCAGCUGUUUGUCGAUGGAGACUUUCUCAAGCGUGACCGCCGGAAGCCAUUCAUGGAGCUGCCGCCAGAGGCCGAGUGCGACCCAUUAGCCCACGUGAAUGUCCUGAUUUCUGAGGGUUCGGAAGGGCAACAAGGCCGUGAUCGUACGACCCGGGAGAUUGAAAAGGCUGGCUUCAAAGCUUCGGUUCGGUUUUGGCCAUCCCAAAAGCCAGAGUUCAAUCAAGGCCUUUCGAAAGAGUUGGUGCAAGCCCUCGGCCACAGAAAGAUCUACGAAACAAUAUUGCUUGAAAAGUGGGCCUGUGCAACCAUUUUCGAGGACAAUGUGACCCUUGCAGAUGACUUUGUUUCUCGUGUCACCGCCAUCACGGUCACAGAAAGUAUCCCUCCGUUUGAUGUGAUCCUUUGGGGCUGGUGCCCAGGGAAGGAGUCGAGCAAUCUUGGUGAUAAGUCGGGCAAGCCACAGCUGCCACAGCUCACAUAUGGCCAGCCUGGGCCAUGCUUGUUUGCGUACACGGUCAGCCUGCAGGGAGCCUUACUUCUUUCACAGGCCAACACUCCGAUCAAGUUCAAAGCAGAUGAGGCUUUGAACGGCGCAGUCUGGGACCCAACAGUGCGGCCACGCGUUGACAAGUCACGGAACAGACUUGGCGGCUCUUAUUGGCAUGUUGUACCAAUGAUGGCCUUUCAGAGAUGACGGAAUUGAUGCUGUUUGGUUUGGAGCUUGGCCUUUGCCAUGUGCUGACCGGGUCUAGCUUAAUCAUCCGCCCUCGCGCCCACCUCUGCAAGAGCGCCGAUGUCAGCAGAGUGGAGAUGACCGAGCACAGAAUGGACGGUGUUCUUCAACCGCUUUCUUUCGUCUUUGAUCCAGGCAUUUGUGUGACCGGAUUUUUUGUCAGCUGUGCAACUUAAGCAAUUUCUGGUUAAACGUUUCCAGCAUCGACCUUUGAGAGCUGAGAAGCUGGCGGGGCAAAAA